AUGAUCAAAUACUAGUAGCCUACGGCUAUCCUCUACUGUUACUGGUCAUGUUUCACAGCCAUAAAAUAGGACAGAACGAACUGCUGCACAGUAAACCUGUCCUUUGAUUGGUAUACACGGUUAUCUCAUCUAUGCCAUAAAUGACUCAAAUUUUCAAAAUCUAUUCAAACAAAUACAUUGACAAAUGUAUAUUAAGUUGAUUGAAUCCAAGAGUUUACAUUUUCGUUUAUUAGUGAACACCAAUUACCAAGAUCAUUUCUAUAGAAUGUAAUCAAGAAUUCUUCACUUUAUCAUCAUUUCUUUAUAAUCAUUAAUAAAAUACACAUAUUUAUCUGAUUGGUUAAUUUAUUAUCAUUGUGAUAGAAUUACAGACACACACACACACAGAUAUAUCUUCAUUAAAGACAUACAUUAGAAUUGAUAGAUAAACAGACACACAUUGCUUCAAUUUAAAAUAAAUUAACCAAUCAAAAUCAUUCAAAAAUGACCAUCCCAUUUUGGCACAGAAACAAAACAAAACCAAUAAAAAAAUAAACAAUAAAAGGAAUCAUUGAAAAAUAAAAAUAGAAAUUUGACUCACAUUAAAAAACAGUGAACAUCAUUUCUCUAUUUCAAUUUUCAAAAACAAACAAACAAACAAACAAAAAUUAUGUCAUUGAUCACUUUGAAUACAUCAUCUAUUCAAUCUUCUAUACUAGAAGAGAAAUGUUCAAUUCAUGUGUAUAAUAUGGAAUAUGCUGUAGGAUUUUUAAGGGGUUAUUUUAGUCCAAUUAUUGUAAUAUUUGGUGUAUUUGGUAAUAUAUCAGCAUUUUAUUUAUUUUUAACCCAUAAACCAUGGAAUCGUUUUUCUAUUUAUGUAAUGACAUUAGCUAUUUCAGAUAGUCUUGUUUUAAUAUCGAAUACAUUUUUAGAUGAUUUUCUUGGACGAGGUUUAUAUUAUUUAACUAAUAAACAUAUUAUUAUUAAAUUAGAUACAUUAUCAUUAAUAUCAUGUCAAUUAAUGGAAUUAAUUGGUACAUGGUUUGUAUUUAAUUCUGGUUGUUUAUUAGUUGCAUUUAGUAUUGAUCGUGUGAAUUGUUUAUAUUGGCCAUUAAAAUGUCGUUCAAAUGGUGGUGUAGGUAUGGCUAUAUUUAUAUGUAGUUUAAUUAUUAUAAUCGGUUUAUUAUUUAGUAUACCAUAUGCUAUGUUACAAACAUUAAUUGAUAAAAAUGCUAAUAUAACAAAUAGAACAUUAAUAAACUUUAUCAAUACUACUACUCAUAUUACUUUUACUACUACUACUACUACUACUCCUACUACUAAUACUAGUUCUACUACUACUACUACUACUAUUAAUAUUGAUAAUAGUAGUAUAAUGAGUAAUGAUACUAUACAAAAUCAAAUAUAUGAUUUAUCACAUUGUUCUGAUUGUAUUGAAUAUCAUCAUGAUGCAGAAAUCAUGAAAAGUUCUUCACCUUCAUUAACUUGUGCAUUAAGUACAAAUGGACAUCCAAUGAAUGAUAAAGAUUUAUUAUCAUUUUUAUUUAGUACAGUAUUAACUUAUAUGGUACCAUGUAUUUUAUUAGUAUUUAUUAAUAUAAUACUACUGAUUAAAUUAAUUAGUAUUAAAUCAAAACGACGUAUAUUAUGUAAAACAAUGAAUAAAAAUAAACAAUUUAUUCAUUGGUAUACUACUAAUACUACUACUACUAAUACUAAUACUACUAAUAAUGAUCAAAUCAAUUUAUCAUCAAAUGAAUUAAUUUCAAUUCAUCCAAUCACACCAUCAUCGCCACAACCACCCCCACUAUCACCACCACCACCACCGACAACAACAACAACAACAACAACAACAACAACAACGAGAACAAGAACAUCUUCAUCAGUUGUCAUAGCAACAAAUGAACAAGAUAAUUCAUUUACAUCUACUAUAACAUCGAUUUUACAACGUCGUCGUCAUACAAUAACAGAAGAUCGUAAAGAACUUGGUCGUAUUGUUGCAUUAUUAUUAUUAUCAUUUUUUUAUUUAUGUUUUACAUUUCCAGUUAGUAUUAGUUUAACAAUAAGAGCUAAUUUAAAUAAUAAACAUUCUAAUUGUAUACAUUUAUUAUAUGCUCAUUUAUCACGUUUAUUAACAUCUAUAAAAGAUAUUAAUUAUGCAUUAAAUGGUUAUACAUAUGCUGUAUUCUUUCAAUUUUAUCGUACUAAAUUAUUGAAUAUUUUAACAUGUAAAUGUAAUACUACUGCUCAUAAGAAUACUACUACUACUACUAAUAAUAAUAAUAAUAAUAAUACUACUAAUACUACUAAUAGAAGCAUUCAUAAACAUCAUUAUCGUUAUCGUCGAAGUAAAUUAGAUCAUUCAAAAUACAAUGAUGAUUAAUAGACAAUAUAGAUGAUAUGGACUAUGAAAAGAAGUGAGAGGAGGGGUUCCGUGUGUGUGUGUGUGUGUGUGUGCGUGAGUGUGUAAGAGUGGGGGAGAGAGCAUCAAAAAAAAAAAGUGAGAGAAACAAAAAACACAUUUUUACACAUUCCUUUAUGUUACAUUAAAAACCAAAAACAAAAAACAAAAAAAAUUUUCAUUAGUUUCCUCAUAAAAUUCUACAUCAUUAUUUUGAUUAUACCAUAAUAAAAAGUAAACAACAAUGACUAUAACAAUAAAAGAGACAAUACACACCCCUCUUUUUCUUUUUUUUUUCUUCAGUUUCUAGGCAUAAUGACAUCAUUAAUCACAUGAAUUUCAUAUUUAUUUUAAAGAGAAGAAAAAGAAUUUACUUAUUCAAUGCAUUUCAUAUGUAUCUCAUAUAUUUUGUUUUCAUAAUGUUAUAAUGAUUAUUUUGUUUGUUUUGUUUUGUUUUUUUCUUUUCUACAUUACUGUUAGGCGGUUUGUUCCAUCCUACUUCAUGGCAAUGAAACAUGGCCAGUAAGAGUAGAGGAUAUUCGUAGGGUAUUAGUAUUAGAUCAUAGAUGUCUUUGAAGUAUUACUUGUAUAUCUUGGGACCACCGAGUAAGUAAUGCAGUUGUUAGGAAACGGGUACUAGGUAAGGAUGGUAAAUCAAUUGAUGAAAUAAUGCAACUUCAUCAGUUGAGAUGGCUUGGACACGUGUUGUUUAUUCAGAACCCAACCAUCGACUGCCCCGACAUGCGAUAUUUUCUGGUGUAGGGGUAAGUUAACAGAUUUUAAGGGUGGCCAGACCAAAACAUGGCACAAAUCCAUGGUCACAGACAAGUGGACUAAGCCAUGUCGUUGGGUGUAAACUACCCGGUUGGGAUCUGCGAGAUGAUAGCAAUCGAUAGUUAGAGACCCUGAAUGACAUGGCUCAAAAUCGUUUGCAAUGGCGCAGGUGCAUCCACUCUUUGUAUUCUCUCAAAUUCUAAUAUUCUGAAUUCUUCAUGUCCCUUUAUUUUUUCUCUUUCCAAAUUUGUCUCACUGUAUUAUACUCCAUGAAUAACAUCUCCAAACCCUAAUGUU